AACGAAUGUUUAUGCCUCCCGUUGCCAUGAGCACCAGUGUUUACACGUCGCCGUUGCUACGAUUGUUUUGUAUUUUUCAUUACCUUGGAAAUGCCCCUUCUUUUUUUGUCAAGUCAAGUCAAUUACACCAGUCGCGUCUCAACCGCCAAGAAGACAUCAUACACUCUGUUUCUUAAAUUUAGAUAUUUCAGGCAGUAAUUUUGUAUAAGUUAUUUUGUAUUGUGAAUCGAUAGUUCAACGUUCUGUUCAACGUAAGGGCGUUAUUAUUAUUAUUCGUCCGCCGCACUACAAUCAGUUUGGUUCUAUGUCUUGAUUCACAAUGACCGCACGCCUGACAUCUUUCCGCAAGGCAGCAUAAGUGGACCCGACUUCAUCAGUCUUUCCCGCACAACCGCAACGCCACAUCGCAUCUAUACAUCAAUAAAAUCGAAAGGAAAGGUUCUAGAAUAAACCCUGCAGAAAAACACAGAUGUUACCACCGUCGGAAGACGGAUUGACCGCAGAGGAGGUCAUUUUCAUGAGGCGAAACGAAUGCAACAUUCAGGAGAACCUCACAGAUGGCUUUGGGUGUCCGAAAGAGUUCGACGGAUGGACGUGUAUCAACGCAACUUCGCCCGGAGCUGUGAUCCACGUCCCUUGUCCUUAUUUCAUCUUCGGUUUCGAUCCCAAACGUCUGGGCCAUCGGACAUGUUUGGAAGACGGCACAUGGUUUCGGCAUCCGGACAGCAACAAGACCUGGACAAACUACACUACAUGUGUGGACACAGAUGACCUCAAGGUAUAUUGCCAUUGCAAUAGAGAUUAA